AUGUUCGCAAAGCAAGCAGUCCAGGCGGUCCAGACAGUAAAGUCUCAAUCUGGCAAAGCACUGCCUUCCAUCAAAGAAGCAUUAAGUAACAAGCCAGCUAUCUUUGAGUCUAUCGGCAGGGUCGAAUUCAACGGCAACAAGAACACACACGUUGUGUCUGAACAAUGA